AUGUCACAACACUACGCCCCCCCCCCCGACCAAUACAACAACGCUUCCCCCCAAAACCUGCAAUUCUACCCCACCUCCUACGCCCCCUCCCCCCACGAUGCCUCCUCCGCACAAUCCGGGGGGUACGGCGGGUACGGCGCCCCCACCGGCUCUAUGGGCGGCUACGGCGUCGGCAGCGGGUCGGGAGGUGGGUUCAGCAGUCCCGGAGUAGGCGGUGCGGGUGCAGCGAGGGUGAGUGGACGGAUGGGGGAACAGGGGGGGUUGAGGACGGGGUGGUUGGCGGCGUUUUCGACGGAGGGGUAUGAGGGGGAGCCGCCGCUGCAGCAGGAGUUGGGGGUUAAUUUUGGGCAUAUUAAGGUUAAGACGCUGGCGGUGUUGAAUCCGUUUGUGCAUAUUGACAGUCAUAUUAUGGAUGACUCUGAUCUCGCAGGUCCGAUUCUGUUCUUCUUCUUAUUUGGCACCUUCCUCCUCUUCAGCGGCAAAGUCCACUUCGGCUACAUCUACGGCCUCGCCCUCAUGGGCUCCACCGCCCUCCACACAAUCCUCAGCCUCAUGACACCCGACACGCCCUCCGGCCGCGCAUCACCCGCACACAUGGCUGCGGGGGGACAUGGGAAUGCAGGGUACCCCGGCGGCGGCGACGACCGCGGGGGGCAUCUGAGCAGUACCCUUACGUUCCCCCAGAGCGCGAGCGUGCUGGGGUAUUGUCUGUUGCCGCUGGUAUUGACGUCGUUGUUGGGGAUUGCGAUGCCGUUGGAUAGCGUGAUGGGGUAUGCGUUGACGAGUUUGGCGAUUUGUUGGUCGACGUUGAGUUCGAGUGCGAUGUUUUGUGUUAUCGGGAGGAUGAAGAGCGCACGCGGCCUCGUCGCGUACCCGGUAGCCCUAUUCUACGUAGGCUUCGGAAUAAUGUCCAUCUUCAGCAGCCGGGGGAGCGGGACGCUUGGGAAAGCCGCUGGGCUCGCGGCGUGAAGAAGCGAGUGUUGCCCCCGG